GCAGACCGCAGUUCAGUCCAGAGACCGAGAGCAUUAAGAGCUCACGUACUAAGCAAUUAUAAACAGUGACUACAUAUUAUUACAACCAUGGCUAACAUUCUAGACGUUUCGACGGAAGACAAUCUACAAUACCAAUUCUUCCCGGUAUCCAGCGGUUCUGUCCAGUUCAAGAUAAGAGCUCCUAAUGAUGCACAUAUUGCAUUGACCAUGGGUCCACAAGAGUCCGAUCCAAUGUACGAGAUAUUUAUUGGCGGUUGGGGUAAUACGAAGAGCGUAAUAAGAAGAAACAGGACCAAACCUGAGAAAGUGGAAAUGGAAACCCCCGGCAUUCUCAACGCCGGCGAGUUCCGCGGCUUUUGGGUGAGAUGGGAUAGCGGUAUUGUGUCUGCCGGACGCGAAGGAGAAUCUAUUCCUUUUAUUUCCUGGUCUGACCCAGAACCAUUCCCAGUCGGUUUUGUUGGAGUCUGUACAGGCUGGGGUGCUACCGGCACAUGGAAAAUCGAAGAUGGGGCCGAGUUUAAUACUCCCGACAAGUUAGAGUAUAAAUUUGGACCAGUCGCAGCUGGGUCCUUGGAAUUAGAAUACCGUGGCCCGCACAACUGCCAUAUUUGCCUUACACCUGCACCUGCUGAAAUCGAUCCAAUGUACGAAGUUAUCCUCGGCGGUUGGGAAAACACUCAGUCCGUUAUCAGACACUGCAGGCAGAAACCAGAUAAGGUUACUCUUCCAACACCGGGUAUUAUGAACCCCAAUGAAUUUAGAAAGUUCAUCUUGGAAUGGCGCUGUGGCAGGUUGGCAGUUCGUGAUGGAAACACAGGCGCAGUGUUAAUGGAAUGGGUAGACCCUUCACCAUUCUCCAUUACUCACUUUGGAGUCCGCACGGGGUACGGCGCGCGAGGCAAUUGGCGUAUAUCCCAUUAUUACAGAGACGGCGCGCAGCCACUUCCACCAUCCGCUCCAUCAGCAGCAGCUUUGUAUAAUUCCCCACCGGGAUACCCUGGCAGCGCUCCCGUAAUAGGCAGUGCACCAAUUGUUGGCGGUGCUGGCGGUGCUGGCUUGUGGGUGGAUGUUACAUCCGGCCAAGUACCACCAGGUGCUGUAGUUGGGGGCCAAGAUUGCUCAGGCGAACCUCUUUACGUGGCUAGAGCACAGCACCAAGGAGCCAUGAUUCCUGGAAAGCUGGUGGCGUCUCACGGAUGCGCCUAUAUACCUUGGGGUGGACAAGAACAUGGAAAGCCGGAGUACCAGGUUCUAGUAGGAGGUCCUAACAACUGGGUACCGACUAGCGGAUCAAACAUACCUCCCGGAGCAUUCCCAGGAGGCGAAUCAGAAGACGGCGAACCUCUCUUUGUCGGCAGGGUAAAUCAUGAAGGCAGCAUUACCACUGGAAAAGUUCAACAGUCUCACGGAGUUUGCUACAUCUCCUUCGCAGGCCAAGAACUUGGUUUCCCCGAUUACGAGAUUCUUACGAGUUAAGCUUACGGUGUAAAAUAGACCGCAAAGUAAAAGGCAGUAAAUAUGCCCUGAAACUGAGCUUCUUCCUAAAUUAUGUGGCUUAUUAAUAAUAAUAAGAAAUAUUUAAUUAUAUAUACUGUGCCUGGUAAUAUGCAUGUUGUAAGCACUGCGUAAAAAUGUAGUUGUUAUUGAUUUUGUAACAAUCAUGUUAAAUAUUUUAUAUUUCAUUAAAUUAUUUUGAAAGUAU